AUGCUGCCUCACUCGUACACUGCAGAUUCGCUCUCUCAAUCACAGGACCUCACAUCGAUCAUUCUUUCCUCUUCCACUCCACAGGAAAUUUCCUCCGCAUGCGCUUCCAUUGAAUCCUUCUUGCACUCUCACUCACCCGAUCAAUGUCGUCACUUCUUCUCCGUCACUUUCCCUCCUUUAAUCUGCAAGCUCUUCGGCUUCAAUGAUGCUACCUCAUCUCCCGCCAAACCCAAAUCGCAGUUAGCCAACGGCUGGAUUGACACGGUCCUCUUAUCCGAUGACGCAGACUUAGCUGCCAGAGUUUUCUCUCUGCUCUCCCCUGAAGGGACCUUGAUGAGCACAAUCUCCGCAUUGGAUAGCUUGUUUCUGGUCAAGUACGUGUUCCCCACUGAAAGGCUUCCCGAGUGGACCCGGUUCAUGCUCUCAACGGAUAAGGAUUGCAGCAUCUUAUCCGUUAUAUGCUCAUUGUUUAAAGGUAAAGUUGGAGAGGAUUCUAUUAAUGGUUCAUUCCGUCAAAUCCACUUGAAUGUUUUUGAGUAUUACAUGUUUUGGUUCGCCUAUUACCCUGUUUGUAGAGGAAAUAGGGAGAAUUUGGUCUCCGUUUCCGUCAAGCGGAGCAAGAAAUUCAGGUUAGAGAACUGGACAUAUUCUAUUCGAGGCUCUUCAAGCGUUAAUAAGCGGGAACCUGAACGGAAAUUGGAGUGUAAUCUAUAUAUACGGCUUUUACUUGCAUAUCUCCGUUCAUUUGUGCCUGUUUUAGAUUUUCGUGUACAUCAGUCGUAUGGUUCGCUCUUGCACUACGCUAGUGGACAUGAUGGAUCUAUUAUUUCGCGAGCAGAGUUUUUGGUCAAUACAUUUGUGCAUUACUGGCUGGUUGAUAAUGAUUUCUCACCAUUGCCAGUUAAUGUGUGCAAAUCUUUUGGUGUCUCAUUUCCCUCCCGAUUAGUACUGGGGGAGACCAUCCCCACUAGUGGGUUAGGAGAGGCGGUGAAGUUGUUUGUGGAAUAUCUUAAUUUGAGCUUGAUGCAGAGCUGA